UAAAUCUUGAUAUUUAACCCCUAUAGCUUUAAGUGAUGGUUACGUUUGUUUUAAACGUUGUUCUUAAGCGGUGUGUGUGUCGCGUGCCCAUUAGCUAGGUAACGGUUUCUGCGCGCAGCUGAUUGUUGAGAGGAAAGGGGUAAAACUGCGAGUUUUGUGGGAUAUUUUUUUAUGUUUGGACGUAAGAACUGCGGAUAAGGCAGGUUCGGGCUUGUUUAGCAUUGUUUAGGUUGCGGUCCAAGCUGGAGUGGGGUAGGUGGGUGGGGGUGAGCCUGUCCCGACGUGAGAUUCAGAAACAUGAUGCCGACAGAUUAGCUACUGCUAGCACAGAAAACCAUUUCCCCUGACACACUCGAAGGUAAAUUAAGCUCACUCUGUUUUUCCAUCUUUCCCUCGUCAUUUUUACUUUUUCGAACGUUCAUUUAAAGUGUAGCAAAGCCGCUACGUCGUUCAGACGCCCGCGUUCCCCUGCAGGGACGAACAUUUGCCGACUGCCUGCGGUGUUGCGACAACAUUCGCCUCCCCCGGGACGCUGCUCUGUCUCCAUGGUAACGCGCCGUUGACGCUCUGAGGGGGGAAGCGUCAGCGGCGGAACCGGGAGAGGAGACCUCGCCGAGCGAAGGAUGCCAUUUCACGAUGGAUUCUACUACCCCUACAGCAGUGACACCCAGGGGACCCACUCGUCAGCGGGGAUCACCUCCCUCCUGAACUCCCCGCUCAGCCAGCCCUCGGCCAACGCUGCGCCGGGCAUGGCUCCCGCCGCCUUCCUGCCCUUCAAGUUCAGCCCGCGCAGGGAGAGCGUGGACUGGCGGCGCAUCAGCGCCGUGGACGUGGACCUGGUGGUGAGCCAGCUGGACGUGGACGCCCUGCAGGAGCACAUCGGCGCGGUGACCCUCUGCAGCUUGGACGGCGAGCGCUGCCAGCGGUGCCAGAGCCCCCUGGACCCGGCCCUGAUCAAGCUGCUGCGGCUGGCUCAGCUCACCGUGGAGUGGCUCCUCCACUGCCAGGAGGUCCUCAGCCUCAGCCUGCGGGCUGCCGAGGAGCGGCUGGUGGCGGCGGGCAGGGAGCGCGAGCAGCUGCUGGAGCAGCACAAGAAGCAGGAGGAGAAGCGGGAGGAGAAGGCGAAGGCGCUGAUGGCCGAGCUCAAGCAGCGGAAGAAGGUCAUCAAGACCCAGCAAUCGCUGCUGGCUCCACGGAUCAUCAGCUGUCAUAAGUGUGUACACUGCGACAAAUCCUUCCUCAACCCUUUCUUCCUCCAAAACCACAUGCAGCGCCGGCAUCCUGACGAGUAUCAGACCCAGCUGCAGUCCGACGGUGAAAAGAAAUCUCAGAUUGAUAGCCUCAAAAUGGAGAUUAGCAGUCUGAAGGAGCAAAUAACUCAGCAGCAACAGGCUCUCCAAGUCAAAAUUGCUCAGGAAAAGGAGCAGCAGUUCAUGCACAAAGAGCUGCUGAGAGAACUGGAACGUUUCAAGGCGGAGGAGACGGCGCGCACGGACAGGAAGAUAGAAGACAGCAGGGUCGGCAUACGCCGGGAGAUCGAGUUCCUUUACAGCCGAAGCAUUCAGCCUCUCACUGAAGUAAGUCAGAGUCAGCCGGCGAAGCAGGAGAAACCGGCCAGCCCCGUCAGCUCUCAGCCAGAGAGAGAUCUGGACAUUUACAAAGAGAUGCAGCUGCAAGCCAUCCACAAGCUGGAGCAGCAGAUGAAGAAACAGGAUAAAAAGUGGGAAUCCAGGCUGCGAGAGAUCAGAUCCCAACACGAGUCUGAAAAGAAUCAGUUGCUGAACGAGCUGAGCCGUAUGCGGUCUUCCGUGACGGAGCACCGGGAGAUCAGCCAGCGGCUGCAGCAGGAGAUGGACAGGUGGCAGCAGGAGAAGGAGGAGACCAUGAGGGCUCAGAGGGAGCAGAUAAAGACCAUUUCCUCCAACCCAGCAUCCAAAGUGGUGGAAAUACCAGUCAAAGUCAGCAGCCCGGCGCCGGAGCCCAAACUAAAGAGGGUCGCACUCGAAGGGCCGGUCUCCGCUCUAAAGCUGGAUCCUAUACAGGAGUUGUCAGAGGAAGAGAGAGAUUCCAGCAUCUCUGAGAGGAGACCGCUGGCGAGUAAACAUGUGAGCGAACCGGCCAAGAAGCAGAAGGCGACCGCCACCGGCGAGAAAAAGAACCCCAGCAUCAAGAAGGAGACGCGGGCCGAGCUGGAGCGCUCCGUUAGCCAGAGGCUGGAGAGCCUGGGGGUCAAGCCGGCCCAGAGAGGUUUGACCAACAAGGAGCUCACCUCUUUCCUGGCCCGACUGCGAUCGAAGCAGGAGGCCGCCGCGAAGAUGGCGCCCGACUACUGGCGCCGCUGGGAGGAGAUAUCGGGCGUCGCGGAGCAGAAGACGGGCGGGAAGAGGAAAAGCGGCGACGCAGCCCCAGAGCCACAGGCCAGAUCCAGACAGCCCGUUCAAGCCAUGCAGGUGCGCCCCCGCACCAGCAGCCUCCCCUCCAGAGCCAGCCAGGCCACGCCUGCACCAGCCGUCAAACAGCCCAAGACUCCGCAGCCGGCCCCAAGGACCAAGGCCUUCGUCCAGCCCAAGACCUCCACCCCCAACAUGAAGACUCCUCUGAGGAUGUGCACAAACAAGACGCCCCCGUUUAGCUCAGACGAAGAGUCAGAAGAGGAAGACUCCGACAUGGAGGAGGAGUCGGCACAUGAGCAGAGAGACGGGUCUUCCGGUCCCCGAUCAAAGCAGGCGACGGCAGCCGAGCUCAGAGCAGGCAAACCCACGCCGGUCCUGUCCAGGCAGACUGCAGUCAGCCGCUCCUCCUCCUCCAAGCCACAGAAGGCCGGGGCGUCCGUGGCAACGACGGAGAGCGAAGACGACCAGGACGACUGGUCGGACGUCAGCGAAAUUUUGGAAAUUGAGCCGAGACAGCUGCACGGUUUCAAAGACCAGAACGGCAAUAUUGAUAAGGGAAACCACAAUAAAGAUAAAGUCGUUAAUUUGGCCAGAAAAGUUGAAACGCAGUUGGCAGAGCGAGCAGCGAAGAAACCAGCAGGGGGCGUCAGCGUCCUCCCGGGGAGACAGGACGAGGUUCAGGAGCUCUCGCUGACAGAUUUAGAGGAGAGCAGUGACUGGGUGGUCUCCUCCUUAGAGGACAAACAGGAAGCGCCCAAGCCGGCGUCUCUCCCCGGCUCCGGACCUCUGAGGAAGAGCCUGAACUCAUCCAGCACCAGCGUGUGGGGGAGUUCCACAGGAAAGGGCGCCAAGUCAGGUCUGACUGAAGCGGGGACAGGAAGCACGCUGAAGAGCAGCCUGUGCUCUCUCAGUGACAUCAGCGACUCCGAGGACAUGAGCAAUAAGUAGCAGAUCUGGCAACGCAGCACAGACACAAGGACCUCAGCCAACGCCAAAGAGCAGUUCCUCUCCAUGGACUGCAAUAAAAGGAGGACGAGAAACUGUUAGUCUGCGCCGGACAAUAAUCUGAGGUUGAUUUUUAGAAAAUCUUGUUAUGAUCUUGUUAAUAUUUCAGAGGCAGAUUAGAUGAGUUUUUUAUUUUAUUUUUUAUUUUAAGGUACUCUUAAUUCCUUGUGCCAAUUUUUGUUUGCCUUAGAUCUUUUCAGAUUUACAUGCAUUCUAUUUUGUAUAUUCUCAUCUCCCAACCUAGCUACUUUGUGUUUUUUUUUUUUUUUUAUUGUGCAUUUUCUUCAGGUUUUGUACAUCAAAUUUUGUAUUGAUAUACAUGUGAUAUUUAUUCAAGCAAUAAAGAGGUCCGUUGCUGAGCAUACACACACCCAGGUCAUCCUUCACUGAUUGGAUAGCGACACAAAUAUUUGAAAGUGUCUUUUCUUGUUUAUGCAAUACUAUGCUUUAAUAAAGAAUAUUUAAUUUUUAA